CAUUUUUCCUUUGAAAUUGCUUCCAUCUUCUAGUUCUGUCGAGUUGCAGGCCACAGCCGGUGACCUCACUACUCCCUCCAUUAAAAUCAGGGAAUAAGCUCCCCACCCCUUUGAGUAUUUCUUAUGGCUAUGGCACAAGGAACCAGACUCAGACUCGGACUCUGCUCCUUCAAGCACCCAUUUCUCUGGAAUAUUUCCCCUUCUAUAGCUUCUACCACCACCACCACCGCUGGAGCAAUCCAGACUUGUCUCUGUCUUCCGUGGCUGUUCCGCCUUCUUCAUUCCAAUGCCUUGAACCCACUGCCACAUCGAUCUCCGGCGUUCCAUGGAGUAAGAUAUAUGCAACGGCAACUGCCUUUUCAAAGAUUAUUCUGCUCCGAGGCCACUGGUGACAAGGAGAAGAUGAAGAAGAAACCGAUGGCAAAUGAAGACUCUGUAACGAUGCGAAUUAAUGAAAAGUUUGCAGAUAAAUUCCCUGUAUUCUCAGAUCAUUGCAUUUUCAAAGUGCCAAAACAACUACGGAGCGUGAAUGAAGAGGCAUAUGAACCGCAACUAAUUGCAAUUGGUCCUUAUCACCAUGGAAAAGAUCAUUUACUUGCCAUGGAAGAUCACAAAAUACGGUACCUUCAAAGCCUCCUUCAACGAAGUGCACAGAAAGAUGUAUCAAGGUAUGUGCAGACCAUAAGAAAUUUGGAAAAAAGAGCUCGUAAAUCUUAUGCAGAGCCUUUAAGCUUUGAGCAUGAUGAAUUCGUUGAAAUGAUGCUUAUUGAUGGUUGCUUUAUUAUUGAGUUUAUACACAAAAUGGUUGAAUUUGAUGUGCAAGACCCUAUUAUGGGGUCUGGACAUAUGCACGUUAGAUUAAUGCUGGACUUGUUAUUACUUGAAAAUCAACUUCCAUUCUUCAUACUAUGGGAGCUGCUUAGGACGAGCAAUGUGAUAUCAAACCCAGAAAUCAACUUCACUAGGUUGAUUUUGAAAGCCUAUAAGCAUUAUUUAUCAGGCCCAGGCUGUGAUAUGAGUCCUGUAUACACUUCAGCAGAGAUGAUGCAAAUUAAAAGUAUUUUGGGAUUAAUACAUGACAACUGGCAACCUUCCCUUGAAAGAACAGAGGUUUAUAAGAAAAUGAGAGAAACCAAGAAACCAAGUAGUACGCGUUGUGCCACAGAGCUCAAAGAGGCCGGGAUUAAGUUCAAGAGUGUUGAGGGACGCAACCUGUUCGAUAUAAAGUUUGAAAAGGGAAAAAUUGAAAUCCCAAAAAUAGAAAUCACAGAUAUAACAGAAUGUGUCUUACGAAAUCUCAUAGCCUACGAGCAAUUGACUUCUUUCACGAGUCCAAAAUACUUCACUGAUUAUAUGAUAUUCAUGGAUAGCCUCAUCAAUUCUAAAAAGGAUGUGGAGCUACUUUGUCGCAAGGGGAUCAUUGAUAAUUGGAAGGGAGACGAUGAAACCAUUGCUAUUAUAUUCAACAAGCUUGGGGAACACGUCUUCUGUGAAAGCGCUCUCUACGCGGAUAUAGUGAACAAUGUUAACGAUCAUUGUAAGAAACGAAGGAAUCUGUGGAUGGCCAAGUUGAAGCACCAUUAUUUUCAAUGCCCAUGGUCUUCCAUGUCUGUUGUGGCUGCUAUCAUAUUGCUCCUUCUCACCUUGAUUGAAACUGGUUAUUCAGUUCUUUCUUAUUACAAGUAAAAUAAAUGUCAACAUUUCUUGUUCA